AUGGACGGCUAUGUAUACACGCCGCGAGACAUGCGGUCCGCUCCGGCCGCAGCCAAAAUGGCGCCGGCCUCCCCAGGGGAUAGCAGCAGUGACAGCCAGACGCAGGGCUCACCCAGGGGAGAAACUCUUGCACAUAUUUCAUCCGAGCUGGCCAAGAUCACUGCCAAUAUGCUGUCCAGGGCUGACAAAGCUGAGAUGCUGGCAGAAAUCAGGACUGCAAUCAGAGAGGAAGUCAUUGAGGUGAGGAAAGAUCUGACAGCCCUUGAACACAGGGUAGAGGCCCUAGAAGCAGACAGAGCCCAGACUGGCAUAUCAUCCGUGGCCCGGACAGCCACGAAGAAUAAUGGUCUCCUAUGA